AUUAAUUAUUACUCGGGUUACCACACACGCUAAACUGUAUUCCCACCUACACUGAACACUCUUGAUUCCCUCCUAAAGGCAUUCUAUUAAAGCUCUUGUAUCGAACAGACGCUCAAGCCUUUUACUCUGGACCACAUCCGUAACAUGGUGUCAGAAGUUUUUGCGGCAUAAAGUUCGAGAAACGUUGAGAAUCGUCGGGCAUCGUACAACCCGGGAUCGCGUGAAGAGUGAGUGAAGGAAGCGAUUUAAACUUCCGCCGAAAAUCCACAACAAUGGACGAGCUGAAGGCGCUGCUAAAGAACCAGAACAAGCUCUUCGAAGAUUUGCUCAAGAAGCAGCAGGCCGAGCCCCGAGCGGUUGCACCAGGGCCCCACAAUGUGCCGCUCCCUCCACCAUUGUCCUUGGAAGGGGACAUGGACGAGAAUUACGCGUUCUUCGAGGACAACUGGAACAAUUAUGCCACAGCGGUGGGCAUGGGCGACUGGCUGGAAGCGGACAAUCCGAAAAAAGUGAGCUUUUUGCUGUCGAUCGUUGGCCCCGAUGCGCUGAAAAAGUUCAGCAACUUCGAUCUGACGCAAGCCGACAGGGCUACGCCGACAACCGUAUUGGCCGCCAUCAAGAAGAAGGUUACUCGAACCAGAAACGUCAUCGUGGACCGACUGGACUUCUUCUCGGCAGCCCAGUCACCGGUGGAAAGUAUCGACGAGUACACAUCCCGACUGAAGUCGCUGGCCAAGCCGGCCAAACUCGGAGCCGUGGAAGCAGAACUAAUCACCUUCAAGCUGGCCACCUCCAACAAGUGGCCUCAUCUGAGGUCCAAGAUGCUCACGAUGGCUGAUUUGUCGGAAGCGAAGGCGGUAGAUCUGUGCCGUGUGGAGGAAAUUACGGCCAAGCACGUUCAGGUGCUAUCAGCGGACAAGCUGUCGGAGGUGAAUAAGCUCAAAGCAUCGUCGUCGAAGGCCCGCCAGUGCAAGUUCUGUGGCGAUUGGCAUGCGUUCACCAAAGGAUCGUGCCCAGCCUACGGAAAGAAGUGCAAGCUUUGUUCCGGCAAGAAUCACUUCGAGAAGGUGUGCCGGAAGAAUCGGGCUCGAAUGAGUUCGUCGAAGCGCAACAGUGUGCGCCGCGUCAAGAAGAUCAACGACGAAUCCUCGGAGGACAGCGAGUCGGACGACGAGUGGAGCAAUCAGUCCGGAACAGAGACGGAGAUUGAAGGCGAAAUCGGCAAGAUCUUCGAUAACUCGAAGAAAGGGGGAAACGUUCUUGCGGAAGUGUCCCUGAAAGUGAAAGGCAAGUGGAAAAGUGUGAAGUGCGAGCUGGAUACGGGAGCAAACACGAGCUUGAUUGGCCACGACUGGUUGUGCAAGCUGACGGGAGAGUCGGACCCCGAAUUGCAGCCGUCACCGUUCAAACUCCAAGCGUUCGGCGGUGGCAUCAUUAACGUUAUGGGCCAAGUCAAGCUGCCGUGCAAGUGCCAGAACAAGAAGUACAUUCUCGUGCUUCAAGUCGUCGACGUCAGUCACAGGCCGUUGCUGUCGCUGAAGGUCUGUACCACGUUCGGCCUGAUCAAGUUCUGCAACUCCCUGAGAAGAUCGUCGACGAGUUCGGCGACGUUUUUCGUGGCUACGGUCACCCUGGAGAUCGACGAGUCGGUGCCGCCGGUGAUUCAGCAGCCUCGCCGAGUCCCGAUAGCUCUGCGGCCGAAGCUGAAAGCCGAACUGGACCAGUUGGAGAAGGAUGGAAUCAUCGCGCGAGAGUACAGCCACACCGAAUGGGUGAGUAACAUUCUUCUCGUGAAACGGGGUAUCGCCGGAGCCGAGUCGAUUCGCAUUUGCCUGGACCCCAUUCCUCUGAACAAAGCGUUGAAGAGACCAAAUCUGCAAUUUGUGACGCUGGACGAGAUUUUGCCGGAGUUGGGUCAGGCAAAGGUUUUCUCGACCGUGGAUGCACGGAAGGGUUUCUGGCACGUGGUGCUAGACGAGCAGAGCAGCAAGUUGACUUCGUUCUGGACUCCAUUUGGACGCUAUCGGUGGCUGCGACUUCCGUUUGGCAUCUCCCCGGCGCCGGAAAUUUUCCAGUCCAAACUGCAGGGGAUAGUCCAAGGAUUGAACGGGGUCGAGUGCAUAGCAGAUGACGUCUUGGUGUACGGCCGUGGUGCAACGAUGGAGGAAGCGCUACGUGACCACAACGCAAAUCUGAAGAACCUCCUCUCGCGCUUGAAGCUAAACCACGUCAAACUCAACAAUUCGAAACUCAAGCUCUGUGAGACAUCCGUCAAGUUUUACGGACACGUUCUCACCACCGAAGGGCUUCAACCGGACCACACCAAGAUCUCGACCAUAAAGCACUACCCGGUGCCAACCAGCAGGACGGAACUGCACCGUUUCAUUGGGAUGGUCACAUACCUCAGCCGAUUCAUUCCCAAUUUGAGCGCCGCCUUCACAAGGCUGCGGCGGUUGAUUUCGGAGAAAGAACCGUGGUGUUGGACUCGAGAGGAGGACGAAGAUUUCUCCAAGGUGAAGUCGCUAGUGUCCGAUAUCACAACGCUGCGGUACUACAACGUUCGAGAGCCGUUGACUAUCGAGUGCGACGCGAGCUGCUUCGGUCUCGGAGUGGCCGUCUUCCAGAAGGACGGCAUCGUGGGCUACGCGUCGAGAACGUUGACGGACACGGAGAAAAACUACGCUCAAAUCGAGAAAGAGUUGCUUGCGAUUCUUUUUGCAUGGGUGCGCUUUGACCAGCUGAUUGUAGGCAACCCCCAAACUACGGUGAAAACCGACCAUAAGCCUUUGAUCAACAUUUUCAACAAGCCAUUGUUGACGGCUCCAAAGCGACUGCAGCACAUGCUCCUGAACCUGCAACGUUACCAUCUGGCGUUGGAGUUUGUCACCGGAAAGGAGAACGUUGUGGCAGAUGCGCUCUCUCGCGCACCUCACAACGACUCGACUGUGCGUGACGAGUACCAGAAGCUGAACAUCUACAAGAUCUUCAAGCAACUCGAAGAUUGCAACGUAAGCGGCUACCUGAGCAUCUCCGACAACUGCCUGGACACGAUCAUGGAGGCGACUGAACAAGACGCAGCCCUACAGACGGUGAUCGAUUUCAUUCGGAACGGUUGGCCCAGCACCAUCGAUCGCGUUCCCUCAGCCGCUAAAAUCUACUUCAAGUACCGAAGCGAGCUGUCCACGCAAGACGGAUUGGUGUUCAGGAACGAUCGUAUUCUGAUCCCGUGUGCACUGCAGCGGUCCAUGAUCGACAAAGUGCACGUGAGCCACAACGGUAUCGAGUCUACACUGAAGCUUGCGCGAGAGAACAUCUUCUGGCCCGGAAUGAGCGCGCAGAUUACGGAUGUGGUGAAGGAGUGCCAUGUCUGCGCUAAAUUCGCUGCAAGUCAGCAGAAACCGCCGAUGCAGAGUCACGCAGUCCCGAUCUAUCCGUGGCAAGUCGUUUCGAUGGACGUGUUCUUCACCAGCUACCAGGGAAAGCGACACCAGUUUCUAGUGACGGUGGACCACUACUCGGACUACAUCGAAUUGGAUAUCCUCAAGGACAUGUCUGCCAGAAGCCUAGUCGAGACCUGCAGGAAGAACUUUGCGCGUUACGGAUGCCCCCAGAUCGUUGUCACGGACAACGGGACAAACUUUGUGAACGAGGAGAUGAAGGAAAUGGCGAUCAAGUGGAACUUCAAGCAUUCGACUUCGGCCCCUCACCACCAGCAGGCAAACGGCAAAGCGGAAGCAGCGGUGAAGAUUGCGAAGAGGUUGAUCCAAAAGGCGGAGGAAACCGACCAGGACGUUUGGUACGUCUUGCUGCAUUGGAGGAACAUCCCGAACAAGAUCGGCAGCAGUCCGAACGUUCCGGAAGCAAUUCUGGAAAACAAGAGGAAGGUCAAAUACUACUACGAUCGAAAAUCUCGCAACCUACCUGCACUGGAGACUGGCUCGCCGGUGUACGUCCAGGCUCACCCCGAAAUCAGCAAAACUUGGACGCCAGCGAUUGUGACCGAGAAACUGAAUGAUCGCUCGUAUGUGGUGGACGUGAAUGGAGCUAGCUAUCGCCGAGACCUGACCAACCUGCGACCGCGCAAAGAACCAACAACAAUCCCUCUCGUUCCAGCCCAAAGCCAUCCACCAACCGAAUCAAGUGCUGCACAAACUGGCGCUGAUUUGACAGCUGAACCUGAAGCGUCGUCGCUUGCUGCGAUGAGGUUCGACGAAACUGCAACAACGACAACAACAUCACCCGUUGUCAACCAAUCAGCUGCUGCCACCCCGUCGGUGCGAGAGAGAGGAAGCCAGCUUGCUGCGAUCAACACACCCGGCAAGCAAACCACAGAUGCGACGAACAGACCAACACGCGAGAGAAAAAUUCCAAGCAAGUUUGCGGACUACGUUUUGGAAACUUAA